CAUUACCUUCACACAGAGAAGAAAGAACAGAAGGAAGGGAAGAAUAGGGAAAGAGAGGACUAUAGAAUCAACUAUGUAUCCUUCUGUAUACCUUAUUCUUCCUUUCCCUUCUUCUAAACAUCAAACAAAUGUUUUUCUUCUUACUUUCUAAAUCAUUCUGGGUUUAAGACAUUACAAACAAACACUUUCAUCAUAAUUGUUGCCCCUCCUCUGUUCUUCAGGGAAGGAGAGGUUUUUUGAAGGGAAAUUUAAGGAAAUUGACAAGUGUAAAAGUAGAAGAUUUAAUAGUUUGAUCGAGAAGCAAUUGGAAAGAGUAAAAAUCCAUGGCUCCAGGGUCAUUAAGAAGAGCCAUUGGAGCAGUGAAGGAUCAAACGAGCAUAGGCCUGGCGAAGGUGGGAAACAGCACCUCACUUGCUGAUCUUCAUGUGGCAAUUGUGAAAGCAACGAAGCAUGAUGAGUACCCAGCUGAAGAGAAGCACGUGAGGGAGAUUCUGAGCUUAACAUGUUACUCUCGUGCAUUCAUCUGUGCAUGUGUAAACAUCCUCUCUAGGCGUCUCAGCAGGACCAGUAGUUGGACAGUGGCUUUAAAAACACUUAUAUUGAUUCAAAGGUUGCUGUCAGAGGGUGAUCCUGCGUAUGAACAAGAAAUAUUCUUUGCAACUCGUCGUGGAACUCGCUUCCUCAACAUGUCUGAUUUCAGGGACAACUCAAAGUCUAAUUCAUUUGAAUUCUCUGCAUUUGUGCGCACUUAUGCAUUAUAUCUAGAUGAAAGACUCGAGUAUAGGAUGCAAAGUAAACGUGGAAGGCGCAGCAGGUUUGCUUCUGAUGAGGAAGAAGACGAAAUCAUGGAGAAAGAAAGUGUAAAUGGUAGACAUUCUAGAGAAAGAAACAACGAAAGAGAAAUGGUCAAAGCCACCCCAGUUUCUGAAUUGAAAACUAGCAAUCUAUUUUCCAAAAUGCAACACUUGCAAUUGGUGCUUGAGCGCUUCAUAGCUUGUCGUCCCACAGGGAAAGCAAAGACGCAUCGACUUGUGACAGUGGCUCUCUAUCCCAUUGUGAAGGAGAGUUUCCAAAUAUAUUACAACAUCACAGAAAUAUUGAGUAUCUUCAUUGAUCGUUUCAUUGGCAUGGAGACACCAGACUGCAUUAGGGUGUAUGACAUUUUUUGUCGCGUUGGGAAACAAUAUGAUGAGCUAGACUUAUUCUACAGCUGGUCCAAGAAUAUUGGAAUUGCUCGCUCUACUGAGUACCCCGACAUUGAAAGGGUCACAACAAAGAAGCUAGAGGUCAUGGAUCAGUACAUCAGAGACAGAGCACAAAAUAAGAAAAACCAAAUCCAAGAAGAAAACAAAGAAGAAGAACAAGAAGAAGCAGAGGAGGAGAAGAAUGAAAUCAAGGCAUUGCCAGCGCCAGAACAUUUAUGCCAAGAAGAAGCAGAAGAUGUUGUGAAGGAAGAGAGCAAAGAAGAAGCCAAAGAGGAAAAAAUAGUGCAAACAGUGGGUGAUCUAUUGGAUUUAGGAGAUGACAUGGUACCAAGUGAAGAACAUGGAGACAAGCUAGCCUUGGCAUUAUUUGAUGGUGCAACUGCAGCAUCAAGCGCAACGCAAGCGCUUCCCUGGCAUGCAUUUGAUGAUGCAGCAGAUUGGGAAACAGCAUUAGUCCAAUCACCCAGCUACUUACCAAACCGAAAGCCAUCAUUAGGAGGUGGGUUUGACACAUUGUUGUUGGAUAGUAUGUAUAGCCAAGCAGCAACAAGUGCAGCUAUGCAAGGACAAACUUAUGGCAUGAAUGGCAGUGCUAGCAGUAUGGCUCAAGGUCUAACAGGAGGGCCUGCAAUGCUGGCAUUACCUGCACCACAAACAUCAGCUGGCAGUGCAAGUGUAGAUCCGUUCGCAGCCUCAUUGGCAGUGGCACCUCCAGCUUACGUUCAAAUGUCAGAGAUUGAGAAAAGACAGAAGCUAUUAAUGGAGGAACAAGUGAUGUGGCAACAAUAUGCGAGUACCAUGCACGGAAAUGCUGCAUUUACAAAUCUACAACCUAACAAUACUUAUUACAUGACUCAGUAUCCACAAAACUAUGGACAUUAUUAUUAUUAA